AAAGAAUUUCAAAUUUCAGCGAUGGAGGAUGUGUCAGAUCUCGUGGCGAGGUGGGACGCACUGGGCAGUCGCGACGCGAGUUCCCGAGAGGCGGCUAUGGAGGUCAUUAGUCAGGAGGUGUUGAGGCGCGCUGAAGGGAUCGGACCCCUCUCUCCUGGCGCCGCGACCUGCACCAGCCAAGCAGCUGACCUGAACGACAUGCUUGCCCGCAUCCUCAUGCUCGCCAAGCGCUGUCCCUUCGGCGACGUCCGGCAGAAGUGCGCCUGGAUACUCCAGAAUGUCCAGGACAUGGGCGUGAGGAUUCCAAGACCGCUGGGGAACGGACCAAGCAGAUUUAUCCCAGAGAAGGAGAUACUCCAGGUCAGCAAAGUGGACGAGAGGAUGGAGUCUAUAUUUGAGGACGCGUUUGCCACGCUCGGGCGUCUAGACAACAUCUCCCUGGUGAUGGGUUUCCACCCGCAGUACCUGGAGAGCUUCCUGCGGACGCAGCACUACCUGCUCCAGAUGGACGGUCCACUCUCACUGCCCUACCGCCACUACAUCGGCAUCAUGGCGGCGGCGCGGCAUCAGUGCUCGUACCUGGUGAACCUGCACGUGAACGACUUCCUGCAGGUGGGCGGCGAGCAGAAGUGGCUGAAGGGGCUGGACAUGGCCCCGCGCAAGCUCCAGAUGCUGGGCGAGCUCAACAAGAUCCUGGCCCACCGGCCCUGGCUGCUCACCAAAGAACACAUCGAGAACCUGCUGAAGGCGGAGGAGCACAGCUGGUCGCUGGCGGAGCUGAUCCACGCCGUGGUGCUGCUGACCCACUACCACUCGCUGGCCAGCUUCACCUUCGGCUGCGGCAUCAGCCCCGAGAUCCACACGGACGGCGGGCACACCUUCCGGCCGCCCUCGCUCAGCGGCUACUGCGUCUGCGACAUCGCCAACGGCAACGGCGUCGCGGAGGACGGGGAUCGUAACCACCAGACGAUGGAGGGUGGAGAGGUGGAGGUGCUGAUGGAGCGCAUGAAGCAGCUGCAGGAGUGUCGCGACGAGGAGGAGGCCAGCCAGGAGGAGAUGGUCAUGCGCUUCGAGAGGGAGAAGACCGAGAGCAUGCUGGUGGCCACUGCAGAGGACGAGGAGAAUGUACCCUCCAGAGAUGUGUCACGCCACUUUGAAGAUCCAAGCUACGGCUACAAGGACUUCUCCAGGAGAGGAGAGCACGUCCCCACCUUCAGAGUGCAGGACUACAGCUGGGAGGACCACGGCUACUCCCUGGUGAACCGGCUGUACCCGGACGUGGGUCAGCUGCUGGACGAGAAGUUCCAGAUGGCCUACAACCUGACCUACAACACCAUGGCGAUGCACCAGGGCGUGGACACCUCCAUGCUCAGGAGAGCCAUAUGGAACUACAUCCACUGCAUGUUCGGAAUCCGAUAUGAUGACUAUGACUACGGGGAGAUCAAUGAGCUUCUGGACCGAAGCUUCAAGGUCUACAUCAAGACCAUGGUCUGUUGUCCCGAAAAGACUACAAAGAGAAUGUACGAGAGUUUCUGGAGGCAGUUCCAGCACUCUGAAAAAGUACAUGUAAAUUUGCUUCUUAUGGAAGCGCGCAUGCAAGCAGAGCUGCUGUAUGCUCUGAGAGCAAUCACCCGCUAUAUGACAUGAAGUGCUUUUUUUUGGGUCAUUUUCCUCUUCCUAUUUUUACUUUCAUCAUUGUUGCUAUUGUUGGGACACUUAUACAAUUAAAAGGAAAAAUCAAAACGACAACAAAAAAAAAACGUAAAAUUUGAAGAGCGAGAGAAUGUCAAGAGAACGAAGUGAUCCGCUGGAGACAAGGCACCUCCAUCAAUUUCGUGAUGGACGAUGAAACGAACUGGACAGGAAAGGAAAAUGAAUGAAUGAACUCGAAGAAGAAGAAGGAAAAAAAAACUUCAUCCAUAGCAAGGAGCGCGUGUUUGCUUGAGCCCAUCGCUGAUUGGAUUGUCUAGCUGUCCAGCAUGGUGUGCAGUGCCAAAGCCUGGCCACUGGAGGGCGCCUGAAACACCAUCUCCCCUUCCUCUUAUCAACGUCUUCUGUUGUUGAGGACGACGACAGCGGACUGACUUGAGAUGAUUUCAUGGAGGAGCGACACCUCCAGUUUAGUGUGGAGGAGUCGCUGUCCAUCAACAUGAGGAAAAAAAAAAAAAAACCUUGUAGGGGUCGGGGUAGAAAAAGUACCCCUGGCGCAUCUACCACCCCCACACCCCUCCACCCCCCCAAGCUCCUUCCUGUGCACUCGAAGUGCACAAGCAUUUUAUUACAGACUUCUCUGGUUCCAGCAUUAUCAUUAUGAUUAAUUAUUUUUGUAUUAAGGUUGUUGUCAUAUUGUGCGUGCGUGCGUGUGUUUUUCAUGUGAUUUGGGAGGCGGCUUGAGGCUGGAGUAUUACUUUUUGUUGUUGUUGUUGUUUUAACGGUGUGCCUGAACCACAGAUAAACCUGAGGCUUAAGGGAUGUCUGUUGGUGCUGCUCAACUCAUAUAACCCCUCCCCUCGACCCCUCAUACCCUGAUAAACACCCACAUACCCCUGUCAAAGCCCUUCCCUCCCUCCCUUAAUCACACCCUACUGCCCCAUCCCUGACCUAGUCACUCAUUUCGAGAUGAAUACCCACCCGCCCCCAAUCACCUGUAUGUGUAUAAGCUAACCCAUAAAGAACGUGAAUGUGUGUGUGUGUGCCUGUGGAUGGGUGGGUGGGUGUUUGGAUGUGCUGAAUGACUGAAGAGAGAGAGAGAGAGAAUCAGAAAUCGCUGCCUGAGCCCUGUUUAAAAGGUUUACUGUAAAAAAAAACACCACUUUGUUUCAGCGUUGUGACAUUUCCAAAGUGUUUUCAGGAAAAAAAAAAAUAUAUAUAUAUAAAAAACAUAUGCAAAAAAAAAACAGGAAAAGAGAAAAACAUGUCAAAAACAGAAGCUAGCUUUUUUGUUAUUGUUGUUGGAAAUUUCAAACGUUGGAAAAAAAAAAUCAAAGGCACUUUUCUAGAGAAGCGAUAAUGCUUUGGCUUACAGUAGCAGUGUGGUGUGGUGACCAUUUUACAUUUAAAAAAAAAAAAAAAAUCAUCUUUCAAGAAAAGCGACGAAAAGGUCUUCCUGCCGAGAUGAUGAUGAUGAUGCGCUUCCUGUCGUUUGACCAUUGGCCUGUCUUCCUUUUGUACGCAUCCCAUUCAUUGCAUAUGGUCACCCUCCCCAGCCCCCCCAGACCACGACUUCAAAUUGAGUCCAGUCUGGGGUUGUCAGUAUAAGCAAGAUAUAAAAUACCUCCUGUUAUUUUUUGUUUUGUUUGUUUUUCUUAAGUUUCUAAGUGCUCUUCACUGAGCUGAUCACACAGGCAAUUUUUGUCUGUUCAUGUGCAAAAGCAGACAUGCUCGGACGCUGUCUGUCACUCUGUCAAUGAGGUCAGAGGUUAACGAAGCUUGUGUUUUUUUGUUGUUGUUUUUUUUUAUUUCCAAAACGUAACCAGUGUAACUAAGCAGGCUUUUUUUUUUAUUUUUGUUUUUUAUGAAGCUGUGGUGGCAUCUCCACUGUUGUUGUUUGUGUUUACUAAAAACAGUGUAGUACUGCAUUCUGUUGGAUUCUGUGUGAGGAAAGACAAGAUGGAGGAGAGCGGAGAGGGGGAUGGUACUUUUUUUAUUUUUCUUUUCUUUUUUUUGUGUGUUUUUGUUUUUGCAAAGAAGGCUGCAAAAGAAGCGCAGAUUUUCUUUUUCUUUUUUUUUUUACCAAACUUCUGAGACUGACGUCAGUUACUGACAGUUUUAUAAAAUAAUAAAAAAAUAAAAUAAACAAGAGCUUUGAA